GGCACCUGCCAUAAAAGCCCAAAGCAGCUUCAAUAGAGGAAAACAUAAAAAUGGCACAACAAACAAAAGAAAGACGACGACAAACUGGUUGCACGCAUUAUCAUUGCAGAAGUUACAUAAUGGAUCAGGCCAUCAACAACAUCAUCAUCAUCCCCAUCAUGAAGAUCAUGAUGAGAAGGCAACAAACCAGAAAAAGCCAAAGACAACAACACUUCAGUAAUUUGGCCUCAAUUCCGUUAAAAUUUUUUUUCGCUGCUUUAACAGCUGUGCCAAGCCGCGCUCUUGCACGCUCUCUGCGCUCUCACUCUCCCGCUCUCUCAUUACGCUACGUGCCUGACUGCAUGUCAACCUGUCAAAUUUAGCUAUUAGUUACGCUUGCUGCCAAAAGCUUUCAGCGAAUUUCCGGCUUCUGCUGUCCAGGAAGCAGCGCUGCGUUAACAGCUGCUCGCUCUCAGCACAGGACUUUCCCUUUCAUUGAGAGAGCACAAAGCCGACGUAUUGGGUCAACAACAGAAGAUUUCAUGCAGCCACAAAGUAGGUUUUGAGCUUUCCAAACUGAGCUUUUGAAGCUCUUGCGCUUGCGCUCUGCAACGCGUGCUGUCUGCAACUGGAAUUCAGUUACCAAACAAAACGCGCGCGGUCAACAACACAGCGACGACAACGAAUUAACCGUUAGCGUUGUAAAACGUGAUCACACAAUAAAUACAGUGGAGUCAUUCGGAUAUAUUUACAAGCAAAUUUUUUUUUCUCCACUGUCGUAGCCAUGGCAAAUUUGAAUACGUUGCUGUUGCCCCUAAUUUUCUUAAUUGUCGCAUUUGUUGCAAACACUUCCUACGCCACGGUGCAGCCGCGUGCUCCAAAUUUUCAGUAUUUUGAGAGACCCAAAUACCGUUACCCAUAUUAUGAUGAAAAUGGCCGAGGCAAACUCUUGUAUGGCUAUGGCGGACCGGAUCUUUAUCAAUACAAGACAUAUACACCACUGGAGGGCAUACAUUAAGCAGCUUUAACUAUAUUUUAAAAAAUAUA